UCAUUGUCAUUGUCAUUGUCAUUGUCAUUAUCAUUAUCAUUAUCAUUAUCAUUAUCAUUAUCAUUAUCAUUAUCAUUAUCAUUAUCAUUAAUCAUUAUCAUUAUCAUUACCAUUAUCAUUAUCAUUAUCAUUAUCAUUAUCAUUAUCAUUAUCAUUAUGAUUAUGAUUAUGUGUGAGAACUAUUGAAUUGUUUAUUGGACAUAGUUCACUACUAAGACCUUUAUCCCAAGGUGGCCGCAUACGACUGCAAUCUGACUACCAGCAUUUAGAAAAUACACUAAAACUGAUCUAUCCUCAGUUGGCCGAUCUAGCGCAACCGUAUCGUCUACUCAAAUCGAUGGCGACGUUGAUAACUCUGUCCCAAGAAGAAAUAGAUAGACAAAUGAAAGGUAGCUGCAUCCCCGACAGCACAGUUCUCUUCACCCUGUUUGCGUUUGCUGGUUCCGAUCAGAACACAAGUUGGUCUUUGCCAAAACUUUCCGCAUCGUUGGAUGAACACAAGUCUGAAGCAGAUAGGCUUGACCUGAUUGCUGGCGCGUUGCAAAAAUGCGAACAGAUUGUCAGGCAGAAAGAAUCUGACGCGUAUGAUCCAGUGUAUUCGAUAAUGUCGCAGUUUUUGGAGCAUACCAUCAAAAGGAGCGAUUGAAAUCGAUUUAAUUGCAUUUUAUGGAAUAAAAGGAUUUAUUAUUAUUAUUUAUUAUAUUAUUAAAAAUGGC